UCAGCCAAUCAGGCUCGCGCAUCACUCUCCGACAACAAACAAAAGAUCGAGGUUAGCAGAGAGCAGCUUAUACUUUUAUCUCCCUUAGCAACAACAACGACAACCCUGCUCCUUCUUACCCUGUUUUUUAACUCACGGACUGGACUCCUUUUCUUCUAUUACCACUCUCUCUAUUUACCCAUGUCUUUGUGUGUAUGUGUCAGCUAAUGUCAACCUGAGACAUUUUCAGCGAUCGCUUUUUGCUAAGUUAGCUUAGCUUAGCCUCGGCUAGCCCCGUUGCUAACCCUCCUCUUCUUCUUCUUCCUCCUCCUCCUCCUCUUCUAAAAAAAAAAAAACAAAAACUUGACACUGGCUUUGUUGAAACUAGUGUCAUCAUAGCCAUGUCAGGGCAGUCGUCGGGGUCGGGCUGUAAGUUUGUGAUGUCGGUGGUUGUGCACGGAGACUCGGCUCUGAACGAGCAGGAGAAGGAGCUCAACCAACGGCUCCGGAGGCUUUACCCCGCCGUCAGCGAGCAGGAGACGCCGCUGCCUCGCUCCUGGAGCCCGAAGGAUAAGUUCAGCUACAUCGGUCUCUCCCAGAACAACCUCCGUGUGCACUAUAAAGGUCACGGCAAAACCCCUAAAGAUGCAGCAUCUGUACGGGCCACUCACCCCAUCCCAGCCGCCUGCGGUGUCUACUACUUCGAGGUCAAGAUCAUCAGCAAAGGCAGAGACGGGUACAUGGGCAUCGGCCUCUCAGCUCAGGGCGUAAACAUGAACAGACUUCCCGGUUGGGACAAGCACUCAUAUGGUUACCACGGAGACGACGGCCACUCCUUCUGCUCUUCCGGCACGGGGCAACCUUACGGACCCACGUUUACAACGGGCGAUGUGAUCGGCUGCUGCGUUAACCUCAUCAACAACACCUGCUUCUACACAAAGAACGGACACAGCCUAGGUAUCGCCUUCACAGACCUACCAGAACGCUGUUAUAUCGUGAUGAUGGUGGCUUCCUACCUUGUGCACCACAGUUAUUGUGCCACAGCUGAAGCCUUUGCCAAAUCCACUGACCAGGCCGUGCACGAGGAGCUGGCCUCCAUCAAAAACCGACAGAAGAUCCAGAAGCUGGUGUUGUCGGGUAGAAUGGGCGAGGCCAUCGAGACCACCCAGCAGCUCUACCCGAGCCUCCUGGAGAGGAACCCUGACCUUCUCUUCAUGCUCAAGGUGAGACAGUUCAUCGAGAUGGUGAACGGGACAGACAGCGAGGUGAGGUGCCUCGGAGGCCGCAGCCCAAAGUCUCAGGACAGUUACCCCGGCUCCCCUCGGCCCUUCAGCAGCCCCAGCCACAAAGCCAGCAGCUCCCAGUCCUACCUCACAGGGUUCGACAGUAACUGCUGUAAUGGUGUGACGUCUAAUAAGAGCCACAGCUCCUCUCCUCACAGUCACAAGCCCUGCCCCCCCGCCUCCGCCUCCACUCUGCCAGCGUCUGAUAUCAGCCUCAACGGGAGCCGCAGCCAACUGCCUCUCACCAGUAACGAUGUGGACAUGGAGGUCGACCACUUCACCAACGGAGUGACAGAAUCAUCCUCCAAUGGUUUCCUCAACGGCAGCUCCAAACACACCGCCGAGCCCGACGACUGUGAUGCAGACAUGGAGGUGGAGUCCGCUCAGUCCAAGAGGCAGCUGUGCGGCGGCAGCCAGGCGGCCAUCGAGAGAAUGAUCCACUUCGGCAGGGAGCUCCAGAGCAUGAGCGAACACCUCCGCAGAGAGUGCGGCAAGAACUCGGCCAACAAGAAGAUGCUAAAGGACGCCUUCAGCCUGCUCGCCUACUCGGACCCCUGGAGCAGCCCCGUCGGCUACCAGCUGGACUCCAUUCAGAGAGAGCCGGUCUGCUCCACUCUCAACAGUGCAAUAUUAGAGACUCACAACCUGCCGAAGCAGCCCCCCCUGGCUCAGGCCGUGGGCCAAGCCGCCCAGUGCCUCUCCAUCAUGGCACGGACUGGCAGCGGCUCCUGCGCUUUCGCCUCUGUGGACGAUUACCUGCACUAGCCCCGUAUAGACACACACACACACACACACACACACACACACACACACAGAUACACACAUAUAAUAUAUAUCUCUCUCUACACACACACACUCUUUCUGAGGAGCGGUCCAGAAGCAUCUCCUCCUCCCGCCUCCUCCAUCAGUUGUAGUCCUUUUAGCCGAGGAGACGUUUCCUCUGCACGAUUAUACGUAGUAGAAAGUUUAACCACCUCACUCGCUUCCUGUUCAGCUUUUACAGAACCACACCAAACCACCAAAAGGAUCCGAGUCGCUUCUGGACGGAGCCUCAGACACCGCCGAGACAGAGACACACACACACACACACACA